AUGGCACAGAUUAGCUGGGGAAAGGUUGGGACGACCGUGAAGGAGAAGCUGCUCACGCACUUCCUGCCUCUAGGCCUCCUCCUCGCUCUGCUCAUAGGCCUGACCUGGCCCUUCCCGGGCAAAGAACUCAACCAGCUCAAGAGCGGAGACUACAAAAUCAUCUCCACCAUCAAUGUCGUCCUCAUCUUCUUCCUCCAGGGCCUGUCUCUGCGCACCGACGAGGUCAAGCAGGCCAUCCGCGCGUGGAAGGCCAUGUCGUGGGGCAUCUUCUCCAUCAUCGCCGUGACGGCGCUGACGGGCUUCGUGCUCUUCGAGCUCCCCGUCACGCCCAUCGAGUUCCGCAUCGGCCUCGCCGUCUUCUGCGUCGUCCCCACCACGCUCACCUCCGGCGUGACGCUUGUGAACCAGGCGAAGGGCAACGGCGCGCUCGCGCUCAUGCUGACCGUGGUGACCAACCUGCUGGGCAUCGUCACGUCGCCGUGGUGGCUCAAGGCCAUCAUCCGCGGCAGCAACAGCUCCGUCGACGCCGUCGACCUCCUCCUCAAACUCCUCCUCACCAUCCUCCUGCCCGUGACCGUCGGCAAGGCCCUGCGCGAACUCAUCAAACCCAUCCAGGCCUUCGUCAAGAAGCACAAGCGCGCGAUAUCGCUGACCACGAACGGGCUGCUGAUCAUGAUUGUGUGGAUGUCCAUCUCCGGGAGCGCGUCGACGAUCAAGUCCGUCGCGUUCGGGAAGAUCGCGCUCAUCAUCGCCAUCGAGGUCAUCGUGCACGGCUACUACCUCGCCAUGAACUUCGGCGCCUGCAAGGUGCUCCGGCUCAACAAGCAGGAGCUGCGCUGCGUGCUCCUCCUCGCGUCCCAGAAGACGCUCCCCGUGGCCAUCACCGUCAUCAGCUACCUGGGCGACGCCGGCGACACAGGCCUCAUGGCGUUGCCGUGCAUCGUCGGGCACCUGUCGCAGCUGCUGAUCGACUCGGGCAUCGUCACGUGGUGGCUCAUCCAGGACAAGAAGGCCGGCGCCGCGGAGGACGAGGAGGAGGAGCUGCCGAUGACUCCCAAGGAGGGAACCUCUCAGAUGGAAAAAGGCGACAUCGAGAUGAGUCAGGGCUCGAAGACCCAGUCUCAGUCCAACGGGAUGUACUCGGACGACGCGAACGGGAAGCAGACGACGGUGGACGACCUGGAGCACCGGACGCAGACCGAGCACCUGCACCAGACCUGA